GUAAAAUGCGUAUAAUACUGCAUUUCAUUAUAGAAAGAAGUGAGAACCACGAACGACAAACUCGUUGAACUCCUCGCAUGCAUGGGUCUCGACCGUACACAUAAAUUGAAUAUGUUUGCAAUAAACAGUGAAUAUAAAGCUGCAGAUUUUUUGUUCCGUCAAAAGUUUACAAUUUCAAUUAGCAUCUAUUGAGCCAUCAGUUAAAGUUGAUGUUGAAAUUAAGCGUCGUCCCAGUCUCACUCCUUCGUAGAUCUUGGGACAGUAAUAAUUCCAUAUUUUUUCGCUGAAGUCAACUCCUCCAGAAAGCGUGACAUGUAGGAGUCGCAAUUUUUAUAUAUUCUUUUUUUACUACUACGUGAGUGAAUUUUUGCUGGAAAUGAAAAAUACGGUUUAAAAAGAAAUUCGAAAUGGUACUUCCACCAGAUCGGUCUCCCACCUUGACGCCAGCUACGUCAUCCUCGUCAACCCCAACGCCUCCAGGUUCUACACCCCCCGUUGGGAAGAAACCCUCCACUUACAGUUCCCUUCGAUACUCACCCCCCAAAAGGGGAACGUACGUCGUAAAUCAUCAAGUUCAAUCUAAAACUAAGAUUUUAUCGAUUCGGUCAACAACACUUGCACCAGCGGGAGGAGUUUCGCCGUCGUCUGCAUCGUCAUCUCCUCGACCCAUCAAGAAAAAUGCUGGAGCUAACAAACAUCUCGCCACGCCAGAAAAUUUUGAACUCCAACAGUCCUCAUCUUCUUCACCGGAUAGUGCAAAAUCCAGAAAGGAGAAUAAGCCCCCAGUCAUUAUUGCGUCGCAACCAGUAACGCAAAACUGCAUACCUCCUCCUCAAACCAAUGACUUGAGGGUUCAAGAUUUCCACGAAGACGUCUCCGUGAACACGCCACUUCUCAAGAAAGAUACAGAAUUGGUGGUCAAUUGCAGUGAAGAUGGCUCCGUGAUGAUGCCAUCACAAGGUCAAAAUAAUAAUAGUGUUAGGAUCGUGUCAAACUCAAAUGCAGGUUUGCAUGACUUCCAUUACGGGAGUGGACAACGAGGUGAAAAACGUACGGUGGAAAAUGGGUGCUGCGAUUGUCUCUUUAAUUGCUUUGAAUGCUUGUUUGUCAUUUUUUAAAUAGUGUUGAAAAUAAAUUUUUAAAUAUUAAUAC